UCAUCCCCGUGGCAUCCCCCGUGCCAGGGCUACGGGCCCCGCAAGCAUGCAGCCUCCAGCCCGCAGGCCUGUUCAUCCCGCAGCGGAUCCGGACGUGAAGCCGAAGCGGAGGUACUGGUAGACGGGGAGAGCGGGACAGCGGGAGAGGGUGGUCGCGCUCAUCCAUGCAUGCCGUGGUCGGGAGCCAGCCUCGCGGAGAAGCGGCUGUGACAGCGGGGUAAUCAUGCCAACGAGCCGGGACUAUUCGGUGAAUCUGUCCGUGCAGCAGGUGCUCAGCCUUUGGGUUCACGGCUCCACGCUACAGCACUUCACAGAGAUGUGGUACUGGGUGUUCCUGUGGACUCUCUUCUCUUCGCUCUUCGUCCAUGGGGCACUGGGACUCCUCAUGUUCAUCAUGUUACAGAGACACAAACAAGGACGUCUCAUUACUUUGGUGCUCAUCAGCGUGGGCUUCAUCUGCUCCCUGUGCGGAGCUGUGAUCACCAGUGCUGCAGUAGCUGGGGUGUACCGCAUGGCUGGUAAAGACAUGACACCAAUGGAGACUCUGGUUUUCGGUGCAGGUCAAACCACUUUAUCCAUCAUUAUCUCCUUCUCUCGUGUUCUUGCCACUCUCUGAACCAAAACCAGACCCAAACAUGCACUACAGGUAAAAUCUUCCAGCUACGUUAGUCCUGACCAAGACUAGCUCAAGAUCUGGAGAUGGGUCCCACUGCUCCUGACAGGUUUAACCCUGAACCCAAACCCUGAAGACACUGAAGGAUGGGUCAAAUGCAGGUUUAACCCAGAGACACUGAAGGAUGGGUUAAAUGCAGAGGGUACAUUUUGCUACAAAGACAACAAAUUUUAACCAUAUU